CCCGCUCGUCCAGACUGUACCGGUGCGUUACGACGCAAUCGGGAGCUACUGGAAAGCGAAAGCAUACUUCGGCGGCCGUUUGACUGUUAUUUACGAAAUAACGUCCUUAAUAUCCCGGUACAGCCGACAACGAUAACACGUACACGAUUGGUUUUGGAGUGCAGUGAGCCUUCCAUUACACCAUGUCCCAGGAUAAGAGUGGCUACCCCACUAUGGGUGAGAGCAACCCGCUCCAUAAUGACGUCUAUGGACCCCCCCAGCCAGGUUUCGGCAUGCCCCCUCCAAAUUACAGCCAAGCCCCCGGGGGACCCUACCCUCCUGCAGCUGGCUACGCACAGCCAGGGUACCUCCAGGCAGGCCAAGGUUUUGGCCCAGCUCCCUACCCCCAGAUGCCUUACCCUCAGAUGCCCUACCCACAGGCACCUUACUCUCAAGGGCCUUACCAGCAGGGAACCCCACAGCCAGGCUUUCCUGGAGACUCAAGUGCACCCAUGGGCAGCCCUGGUUACCAUGGUGAUGUGCCUCCAUCUUAUUAUGACAAUGAAGAUUUCACCAACUCUGGCUUUGAGGACAAGUCCAUCCGACAAGCCUUCAUCAGGAAGGUCUUCAUGGUUCUCACCGUGCAGCUGCUGGUCACCUUCUCUUUCGUUGCCAUCUUCACCUUUGUCGACGAUGCCAAGUACUUUGUGCGGCGUAAUCCUUGGACAUACUACGUGUCCUAUGCAGUUUUCUUUGUGGCUCUGAUUGUUCUCAGCUGCUGUGGAGACUUCCGCCGUAAACACCCCUGGAACUUGGUUGCAUUGUCCAUCCUGACUCUGAGCCUUUCCUACAUGGUAGGCAUGAUCGCCAGCUUCUAUGACACGGAGACUGUCAUCAUUGCUGUUGGCAUCACCGCAGUGGUCUGCUUCACCGUUGUCCUCUUCUCGCUACAGAGCAAGUAUGACUUCACUUCCUGCCGGGGCGUACUGUUUGUGUGCCUGAUUGUGCUGUUGCUCUUCUCCAUCCUCUGCAUCUUCAUCCGCCACAAGAUCCUGCACAUCGUCUAUGCCUCGCUGGGAGCCCUCCUCUUCACCUGCUUUUUGGCUGUGGACACUCAGCUGCUUCUGGGUAACAAGAAACUGGCCCUGAGUCCAGAGGAGUACAUCUUUGCUGCCCUCAACCUGUACACUGACAUCAUCAACAUCUUCCUCUACAUCCUGGCUAUUGUGGGACGCUCCCGUGAAUGAAGGCUCCCUCUAGAGGAAACAGCUGGAAGAGUCAGAAAAUGUCUCUCAUCCUGGAACGAAGCUGAUCCCCCCCUCCUUUCUUUAAUUAUUUCCUCACUUUUUGAUUUUUUUUCCUUUGCACGCACUCAUUCUCCCCUGACCACUCUACCCCUUAUUUGUUAUUUUAACAGUCGGAUUGGGUUGUGCAGGACUUGCAAGCUUUGCAACCUGUCCUAAAAUGCAGCCAAGAGGCACGUUCAAACUUGUUUAUUGAAUGAAAAUCGUGAUGUAAAAUUGUAGACCAGGAUGACUGUUGUUUGUUUUUUUUCUCCUCCUUUCUCCAUUUUGAACACUGCUUGCUUUAACUGUCCUCUGCUCCUACUAACAUGGACUACUGUCUACAGUAACUAUCCACUAACUUCCAGUUUGGCGGGACAUGUAUAGCUGAACAUCCUAUCCUGUGUAUGCUUGGCACUCUGCCUUACCUUGCAGCGUAUGUGCUGCAGAGAGAUUGAACAAAGAGGAAGAGAGAGAGAGAGAGAGAGAGAGAGAGAGAGAGAGAGAGCACUUAAAAUGAUAUGCAGCGCGUUGAUGCAAACCAGCUUUGAAGAGAAACCAGUGCUCAAAAUAACCCCCUCUCUCACUGUCUCUUUAACCCAGUCCCCCACCCCACCCCUACUUAACCUCUGCCAAUGUUAUAUAACUGCAUGGCAACAUUGAAAAAACGCUAACUAAAAACAUUUAAUGAUUCUAGAACCAUCAGAGAGAUACCUCUCCUACUCUGCUUGUUACGUAGCUGUAAAUAGUUUGGUGUGUCACCGUCUUUCCUCCCUAACCUUUCAUCUUUAGGCAUGCUGGAGUCAUAGGGCUGUGUUGUUUGAAGGGGAAAAUGUGUGCUAUCAUCCUUGCUGGCUAAUCCACUCCAAAUGUGCGCAACACUUUUAAUAACGCAUAAAGAAUGAAGCUUAAUGUUGGAUGUAUAUGACCACACACAAAUACACGCGAAUAUAUAGUCACAAUAUAUAUUCUUCCUAGAUAUCACUUCAAAGGAAGGAGAAUUUGACCCUCUAAAAAAAAUUUUUUUUUUUAUGACUCACUGGAGCUAAAGCUAAAAUUCAUUCGCUGCCCCCCCCCCCUUUGUUCUGUUUUUUCCCUUCUGUCUUUUAUGUGAAGUGAAAUUUAGUUUUUUUUCCCCAUUGUGAAAUAAUGUGAAAUAUGAAAGUAAUUAAAAGCUCUGACCACUUAUGUCAAGCUGAUCCAGGUACAAUAAAUUUCUUGUGACUUAAAAACUAAUAUGAAAUAGACAUACAUACGUACAUACUGUCUUGAAGGACGCGAUAAGCUAAAUUAAUCUUAUUUAUUUAAGUUGCUGUACAGUACAGGGUUGCUUUAAUAUUAGCGUAAGCAGACAAUUUUAACAUUAUAAUGAAGGAGGAAUCUCCCCAGAGAGGGAUGCUCGUUCUUACUGAGAUGUGUUUUGAGCCUUAACGGGCCAGCGUGUUCAUACUCUGAAUUUUAAAAAAAGCAGUCUAGAAAUUUUUUUGAAAACAUUGGUUACACUCUGGCUCUAGAAAAGUAAUGAUAUAAGUAUUUGACACACAUGCAUAGCUGUAUAAUUCUACCUUACGACAAAAAGGGUAUAUUAAAAAAGGUAUAUUGAAGUAUGUUUUUGUCUGUGAGUUCUGUUUGUUUGUUUAUUUGUUUUUGUUUUUUUCACCUUUUGCAUGACUCCUUACAUUUGCAUGUGCUGAUAAAGCACACUGAGUGCGUCUGUUUGAGAGAGGCACUCUUGGAAGAUUUUAGGGAGCUUAACUUUUUUCUCCCUUUUUUAUCUUGUGUUUGUAUCUAACUAAUGUGUAUGUGUGUGUAUAUACAAUCCUUAGUGGUUUGAUGUGUAUAGAGUAAUUUGGGGCUUUGUAGGUCUGUAUAUUUGCAUUAAAUCAAAGUGAAAUCGCAUUCCUCUACACUGCUGUUUGCUUUUCAUUAAAAGUCACAUUAGA